AUGGUGGUGCUAGUGUUGGGUGGCACGGGCAAGACAGGCCUGCAUCUCGUUCAGCAGCUGCUGGCCCGAAAUGUGAAGGUGAGAACCAUUGUUCGUUCGCCGGAGAAGCUGCCGAUCGAGGUGGCCAGACAUUCGGAGCUCGCCGUGACCACGGCGAAGGUCCUGGAGAUGAGUGAUGAAGCGCUGGUGGAGCAGCUAAAGGAUUGCACCGCAGUGGUUAGCUGCCUGGGACAUGAGGGCACCUACCAGGGCAUGUGUGGCAAAGCAUCCCGCUUCUUGGUCUAUGACGUGCUUCGGAGAGUCUGCCGUGGAAUCGGAGAGCUCCAAUCGCCGGCAAAGGUCAUCCUGAUGAGCACGGGCCUCUACACCAAUCCUGAUAAUGACGAGGAUGUGAAAAUUCGCAACACCUGUGGACAACGAGCACUUCUGUGUAUGCUGUCGACGUGUUUGCCUCCGCACAACGACAACAUGAGAGCAGCGGAGUUCCUUCGGACGGAGCUGAAGGGUAUGGAGUGGUGUGCAGUACGCCCCGAGCUUCUCAUAGAUGGGGAAGUGAGCCAGUAUGAGCUUCGUGACAGCCUUGUGUGCAGUAUUUUCUCAGCUGGUCAGACUUCCAGAGCCAAUGUCGCGCACUUCAUGUGCGAAUUGGUACAGAACCCCUCUGCAUGGCAGAAGUGGAGAGGAAGAUUUCCUGUGAUUUACAAUGCGGCUGUUUCGUGA